GAUGUUUGAAGGAAAGGAAAAGCGUCUAGAAUUGAUUCGUGAGUUACGCACCACACAUGCACUCCAGGAGGAUGGACAGUUGUUGAAAAAGGCUGAAAAACAAGUGACUUUGGCCUUACAACGGCAGCGGGAUUUGCAUGAACACAAGAUGUCUCUCAUGGAAAAGCAUUUGGCUCGUGUGGAAGGAAGAGUCCUUGCAAAUAUGUUGGAUUUCCUCUCUAAAGAACUAAUUCGACUACAGGAAGAGCGGAGGAUCCAUGCUUUUGCUAUGUUAGCAGAAAGGCAGCGCCGAAUGCGGGAAGCAGAAGAGAGUGGACGUCGUCAGGUAGAGGAGAGGCGCAGACGUGAAGAGGAUGAGAUCUUUAGACAGGUUGUUAAAGUACACCAAAAAACAGUUGAUUCUUAUCUAGAAGAUAUCAUUUUGAACAGCAUGGAGAGUACAGCUGAAGAACAAUCUAAGGAAGAGGUUCAGAGAAUGGCUGUAGAAAUCAACAAUAUUGCUUAUGAAAUGGAAGCACGUCAGAGUCAUCUGCAAUCUGAAGAGAUUGUGGCAGAGCUGGUUUAUAGCUUCCUGAUCCCUGAAGUGCAGAAAAUAACCAUUAAGGAGAAAGUGAGGCAGGCCCAGAGAAAGCAUAUUCAUGCCGCUCAUCAGAUUAUCCAUGGAAACACAGAGACAGCAGUAGGACAACUCUUUUCCACAGGGUUUCCAGAGGCAAUCAAUGUAGAAUUUCCUCAGAAUGGAUUGCUUUCUGUUACACCUACUGGUCAAGAUGUUGCUGAGCAGCAGGAAAUAAAGCCUCCAGACACCCAAGGCCAGCAAGAUAAGACACUUGAAGACAGCCAUUGCACUGAAUCUGCCAGGCCUCCUGAACAGUGAAGAAGAAGAAGAAAUAUGGUAUGUUUAGACCAAUGUUCUUUCUCGCCUUGCCUUCUCGAGGAUACUGUAUCUACCUAGGCAGAAUGAGUGCCUGUCAAUUAGAAACUCUGUCAAUAAAGUAUUGCUGCUUUAACUCUGAAACAUAUGCAGUUUGAUUAGGCGUGUGUAAUUCUGCAAGAAAAUGCUUUGGGAAGAAGCAAAGCCCUCCCCCUGGCUUGGGGCACAGAUUCUGAGUAAUAGAGGGGGCAUGAAUCAUCCUCUCGUUGGCUGAAAGAAGUUGAGCAGUGCUUCAGUGAUCUUCCUGUGCCCCAACCACUAGGAUCUUACACCCAUGGAAGACGACCCUAUUGGAUACCAUAUGGCCCAUUCCCCUGGGUGGGCAAAACUAUGUUGGUAAAAUAAAUAGGCUAACAUAAGCAUUCUUAAGAGGGCAAAACCUGUAGAUUUGAAAUGAUGCUUGAAUUAACUCAUAUAUUCUUUUAUCUUAAGAUUUUAGCAGGUAUUGGGAUCCUGUCACUUUCAACCUAAUUUCAAAAGCUUUCUGCAAGCAAACAGCUCAGACAUCUAGGCAGAGCAGUCUGCAGUUUCAGGAGGAAGAAAUAAAAGUGGCUAAAAGAGAGAAACUGGGUAGCCAAGCUUCUCCUAGCAUGCAAAUCCUCCUAGGUCAUCUCUAGGGAAUGGCACACUUGGCAGAUAAAAGGAUGUUCUGUCCUAUGUGCAGUGGAGCCAGGGUUUUAAUAUUGAUACACUGUGAAUAGUUGUAAUAAUGCACCCUUUCAAUUAGCCUGACCAAUAGAGAUCAUGGAACUGCCCAACAUUUAGGAGACCUUUCAAAGAAAAAGCAACGCUUCCCUUUUCUGAGGAGAUAAAAAUUUGGUCUGUUAAGUUUUACUUUUGUCAGUUCAAAUGCAAAUUUUAUUCCAGUAGCCUACAAUUUUAGGAAAUAAAUAUUUCCGUAUUUCUAUAAAGUUGUUAACAGCCAGCAUUCAUGGCAACCCAUAAAUAUUAAUAAAUAGCAUUGCACUCCCUAUUAAGACAAACAGGAAUGGAUGCAAGAUGCUGAAGGCUAAUUUUGAGAGCACGUGAAUUUGGCACUGAAGGCUAAAGAAAAUAUGACAAUGGCAGUUUUCUGUGUUUAAACCAAGAUCUGCUGCAAAAUGUAUUGGUGGUGGUACAGAAUCUAUUUUUAACUGCAAAGGGAGGAGAGGAGAGGGAGAAUGCCACCUCAUUCAACUUACAAUUAAAUCAUUCCCCGGGCUUCCAGAGAGCUUUUCUUCAGCCAAGCUCUAAUAGCAGAAGUCUGUACCUCAUAGCCUGAUUCUUACAGGUACUUUAUCUGUAAUAAUGGGAUGAGAGCCCUUCUUUCUUAUAUUUUACUAUCAGAUUUAUGCAGUAUAUGUUAUAAAAUUCGUAUUAAUCAUUUACAUGUUUUGUGCUCAAAUAAACUACUGUGUUUAAACUGGUUUAUUCUAAACAUCUAUGAAUAGGACUACAAUUUGAGUGAAUUAUCUAGUACUGUAGUGCACAGAAGAUUACAUCAAUUGAUUGUAUCUUUUUCAAAUUGCUUUUAAGGAAUUGGGGUAAUAUUGGUCUGGCUUUUCAAUUCAUUGAUACAAAGCCUA